AUGGCACGGAAGGACCCCGUCGAAAGGUUCUUGGAACUCCUGCGUCUGCGCACUGUCAGCGCGGAAGGACCAAGUGGCAGCUACAAUGAGUGUGCACAAUGGCUUCGUGGAUACCUGGAAGAGCUUGGACUUCGGGUGCAGAUUUUCUCGCCUGUUGAUGGCAAACCAGUCGUUCUGGCGACAUGGGAAGGCGAAGACCCAACUCUUCCUGGCAUAAUCCUGAACUCUCAUUAUGACGUGGUGCCAGCAAUGGCCGAGCACUGGCAGUACGACCCCUUCGAUUGCUCGAGUAUUUACGGGCGAGGGGCUCAGGAUAUGAAGAGUGUGUGUAUUCAGUACGUGGAAGCAGUGCACACUCUCAUGUCUUCGGGGUUCAAGCCCAAGCGCAACAUUUACCUGCUGUUUGUUCCGGACGAGGAAAUUGGAGGUGCCGCGGGAAUGGCCAAAUUUCUGGAAACCGACCAAUUCAAAUCGAUCAUGCCCGUUGCUUUCGCAUUUGAUGAGGGGUUGGCUAAUCCGGGUGAUGCAUUCACCGUCUUCUACGGGGAACGGUCUCCGUGGUGGGUGUAUGUUAAAGCCGAGGGACCCACGGGCCACGGCAGUCGAUUUAUCAAAGACACAGCUACCAUGAAGAUCAUUGACAUUUGCAACAAGGCACUAGCAUUCCGUGACGAGCAGGAGAAGGCUCUUGGAGCGGACAACGGGUGUAAACACGGUGAUAUGAAGAAGAAAAAACUUGGAGACGUCACAACGAUUAAUAUCACGGCGCUACAGAGUGGAGUUUCUCAGGAUGGUGGGAAAACCCACGCACUUAACGUGAUCCCGACGGAAGCUAUCGCUGGUUUUGACAUUCGCGUAUCGCCUGAGAUGGAUAUGAACGCGAUGAAAACUAAGCUGAAUGAAUGGUGCGCUGCCGAGGGGGUAUCCUGGGACUUUGCCUCGUGGACGGACCCACUGCACGACCACUACGUUACUUCCCUGGAUGCGGACAACGUGUGGUGGCAGCGUUUUCGGAAAGCGUGUGCCCAAAUUGGAGAAACGCUGGAGACGGAGAUUUUUCCAGCGGCUACUGACAGUCGCUUCCUGCGCCAGUUGGGCGUCCCAGCAAUCGGCUUCUCACCCAUGAAGCGAACCGAGAUUCAGUUACACGAACACAAUGAGAGCCUCCCUAAGGAUACGUUUCUACAUGGCGUUAGCGUUUACGUGAGUGUGUUCCAAGAGAUGUUUGCUUAG